CUUUUCUCCCAUGUUGCGUCUUGCUCACUAUUUUCCGGCCAACCGUAUCAUCCAUCGUUCACUUUCUACUGGCCCCGUUUCUCGCACCAUACGCGUCGAACCGCUUCCAGAAGGAUACAAUGUCAACAGGAUCCUGGCUGCUAUCAAAGCGAACCCGGCCGAAUCGAUAACUGUCGCCCAGGAUCACCUACUCGUCCGGUUCUUCAACGAGGACAUGGCUAGGCAGUGUAUCGUGUCGGGCAGCGGGAUGGUGGGAGCCGUGAUGAAGAUGGAUGAUGCUCUCUCACCCCCACUGUCUGCUGUCGAUGUUGCCGCCCUCGGGAGACUGGGAAUGUCUCGGUCGCUGGCACUGACGGAUAUACCCAAGGAAGUCCAGGAAGGAAACGUCCUGGAGAUACUUUCUCGGCAUGGUGUGUUGCAAUCCUGGAUCUUCGACCUGCCGAACAGGACGGCAACAGCGCGUUACUUGGAUAUGCACCAGGCGUUCAAGGCCUGGGUGGACCUGAGAGAAAACGGCAUCAACGUGUCCUUCCGAAUGAACCCCGACAGAUACAUCUUCCCUGGGUGGUUCCCGGCGGAGGAAGCUGACCAGGGGAAGGUUAAAUGUCGCGUCAAAAUUUCCCGCAUCUCACAUCCCACAUUCGUCCUGACUCUCCGCUCAUGGAUAUCAGAAUUCGAGAAGGACCAAGGGCCGGUACUGUCUACCGCGCUGUUGAAAGAGCAAGGGAGUGCGAUGCUGCAGUUUGCGACAUCUCGGUUGGCACAGAGAUUCGUCGACAUGUGGGCGUCCGAGAUCCUUCGGCUGCGUGUCAGGUUGUCGGUAGAGCCUCUUCCGUUGGCGAUUCCUCGGACCCUUGUUACGGCCAUAGCGUUAGGCGCGAGUCGAACAGUUACGAUCAACAUAGACGCCGGAAAGGAUGUAACCCUCUCGAGGGAUUACCUCCACUUCUUCAAGCGGAUUGGCACCAUUACUUCAGAGUCGAGAUAUCAAUUUACUUCCCCUAUUCAUGAAUUACGCGUUUCUUACGAAACCGUCUUUUCUGCAAUGCGGUGUGUUCUUGUCCUGGCCGGUCUUGAGGUCGUGGGGAACAAGCGUCCGAGGCUACCUGGUCUUGAGGGAGCCAGCAUCAAUUUUUUGGGGUCCUAUCUGAACUCGACUCUCGUAUCUCCCAGUUUAUGGCAAUAACGCUGGAAAUAUUCUCUCACUCGGGGGAUAUCGAAGCACGCAGUGAUGCAUUCUUUAGGCGGGACGAGCUUCUGUGUCUGUGCGUUUGGGGAAAGUCCCGUCGGUACGGCAAGAUGACCACCUGGGAUGCGCUUGAUCACUGCAUCCAAGUUGAGAAUUCUGUGAAGAUCAAUAGGACGACAACGACAGGUCUUUGUUACGUAGUGGUGCUAAGACGUAAAAUGGUGUGCAAAACAAAAUGUGCCUUUCUUCUUACCAUACAUACUAGCUACUCAUUCCCUUCUGAGUAAGCAGUGAUACGAGCAACUCCGUCAAUCAUUCAUCGCUCGAAUCCAUUCCCAUCUUCUUCAUCCGGGAUAACUUCCCCCUUCGUACACACCAAAAAGAUACCUGAGCUCGAACGAAUGAAAUCUCU